ACAUUCAAGGGCGGCAGGAAUUUCCUGUUGCGCCUGACUCGAGGACACACGCACACACACUCUCGCUCACAAGUCUGACUUUUUAACAGUCGUCGGCUGCCCUCCGAUCCACUCACACACUCGCGAAAAUGGCAACCAGGUGGGGAAUCUGCAGCGCCGGGAAGAUCAGUCACGACUUCAUGGUGGCCCUAAAAACGCUGCCACCCGAGGACCACCAGGCUGUGGCUGUGGCUGCCCGCAGCUUAGAGGAUGCCAAGAAGUUUGGAAAAACACAUAACAUCCCUCGAGCGUACGGCAGCUACGAAGAGCUGGCCAGAGAUCCCAACAUCGAUGUGGUGUACAUCGGCACCAUUCAGACCAACCACCUGAGCUCCUGUUUGCUCUUUCUUAAUGCCAAAAAACCUGUCCUGUGUGAGAAGUCCCUGGCCAUGACACCCAAGGAGGUGAAGGAGAUCCUGGCUUGUGCCAAGAAGAACAACGUCUUCCUCAUGGAGGCCAUUUGGGCUCGAUUUUUCCCAGCCUACCGAGAGCUCCGGAGGCUGCUCGCCCAGGGAGAGAUCGGUGAUGUGAGGAUGGUCCGGUCGGAGUUUGGCCUGUCUGUGCUGCCUCUGCCGAGACUGGAGCUCAAGGAACUUGGCGGAGGAGCGCUGCUGGAUAUUGGCCUCUACCCGCUGCAGUUCACCUCAAUGGUGUACGGUGGAGAGAGGCCAGUGAGCAUCAAAACCGAAGGAGUCAUUCUGCCUACUGGAGUGGAUGAGACCUUGGUGGUCACGCUCAAGUAUUCCAACAACCGGAUGGCCGUGUUUACCAGCUCCUCGGGCCUGCAGCUCCACAACGAUGCCAUUGUGGUGGGCACCAAGGGGUUAAUCCGGUUCCCAUCUCACAUGUGGUGUCCCGAAGUCAUGGUGGUAAAUGGGAAGGAGACCAAGUACCCUCUCCCGGACCCUCACUUGCCCCUCAACUUUGUUCAUAGCACGGGGUUGCGCUACGAGGCGGAGGAGGUCCGACAGUGUUUGCUCAAAGGAAUGAAGGAGUGUCCCAUUAUGUCUCAUGCGGACUCUCUGCUGCUGGCUGAACUCAAAGAGGACAUUCUGAAACAAGUUGGAGUGGUGUAUGACUGAAUUUUCUUUUUUGGAAAGCUUUAUUUUUGGGGUGAAAAUCUUGCUUUCAAAAUGAAGUUUACCCUUUUAAAGACCUUUUUUUCCUUGGAUGAUUUGG